AAAGCAAAACACUCCUCAGUUUUCAGCAAAGUUUAUCCCGUGAAAGGUGACGUGAUUCUGCCGGAUUUAGGUCUUUCGCGAGAAGAUAGAAAUCUGUUGUUAGAGAAAGUAAACAUAGUGUUUCACGUCGCGGCCACUGUGAGAUUCGACGAGCCGUUACACGUGGCUGUUAAUGUCAAUACCAAAGGUACUGCUCAUGUUGUCGAACUUUGGAACGAACUGAAGCAUCCAAUUAGCUUCGUCCACGUUAGCACAGCUUAUAGUAAUGCGAAUCUACGUGAGAUUGGAGAAAAAGUUUAUACUACGAGCUUGAAACCAGCAGAGGUGAUCGAUAUGUGUGACAAAUUGGACAAAACGUCCAUCAACGAAAUAGAGAAAAUGAUUUUAAAAACUUAUCCAAACACAUACACAUUCAGUAAGAAUUUAGCAGAGCAGAUUGUAGCAAGCAAGAGUAAACACCUGGCAGUUGCGAUAGUACGGCCAAGCAUAAUUGGUGCCUCCUUGGAGGAACCAUGUCCCGGUUGGAUAGAUAAUAUUUCUGCAUAUACAAAUAGCUUCGUGCUAAUCGGCAGAGGAUGUGCAACAGCGAUACGAGGUAGGAGAGAUGCGAGAGUGGACAUAGUGCCUGUCGAUUUUGUAGUCGAUACGAUAAUUUGUACUGCAUGGCAUGUCACGUUACACAGUGAUCAUGAAGUUAAAGUUUACAACUGCACGAGCAACGCAUGCCCUUUUAAUUGUGGUCAGAUGAGAGAUGCCGUUGUAAAAUGUAGC